UUUUGGCUUUCAUUAUAGGUAAAGUGUAACGCGUUUUUCCUCCCUCCAAAAAACCAUCCAACUUCUCUUCGUCUCUCGUCUAUUAAAGUAAUCAUCAGCUUUUGUAUUGUACCGAUCAGUCUUCAUCCUUUAUUCUCUGUGAAUUUAAGUAAUCGCAGGAUUUGAUUCACUUCUCUGUUUCAUAUCCUAUUGAACUUCUUGUUCACUCUGGUUUGAAGAAGGUUCUUCAACAAUGGCUUGCUUGAGGAUAGACUCCACAGUGGAGACAUCACGCCUUCCUUGGUCUGGUUUGAAGUCAACUAUGGCCUUCUUCAGCUCUUCAGGAAGAUAGCUGCAGGUUUCCAAAGGCUUUCAUGGCAACCAAAAGAACCUUCCCCUCAGUUUUUCCUUCUUCCUCUUCUUCAUAUCCACCUUGGAACUAUGAUGUCUUCCUCAGCUUCAGAGGUGAGGACACCCGUAAAAGCUUUACAGAUCAUCUAUAUUUUGCUUUGAAACGAGAAGGAAUAUCCACCUUUAGGGAUGAUGAACUUGAGAGAGGGAAACCAAUUUCAUCAGAACUCGGGCGAGCAAUACAAGAAUCAAGGUUUGCUCUUGUUAUUUUCUCGAGAAACUAUGCUUCUUCUAGGUGGUGCUUGGAUGAACUCGCUGAGAUUGUUCAGUGCAUGAAAGAGAUGGGACAGACGGUGCUUCCCAUUUUCUAUAAUGUAGAUCCAUCAAAUGUACGGAAACAAACUGGAAGCUUUGCAGAAGCCUUUGAUGCACAUGAAGAACGCUUCAAGGAUAACUUGGAAAACGUGCAAAGGUGGAGAGCUGCUUUGACUGAAGUGGCCAAUCUUUCCGGAUUUCAUCUACAAGAUGGGCAUGAGUCAGAAUUUAUUCAAAAGAUUAUUGAAAAGUUAGGAUGUGAUUUGGUUGGGGAACUCUCAGUUGUUUCCAAAGACCUUGUUGGAAUUGAUUGCCGUGUAGAGGAAAUAAUGAAGUUAUGUUCUGGUAUAAGAAAGGAGAAUGAUGUGGGAUUCAUAGGUAUAUCAGGAAUGGGUGGCAUAGGAAAAACAACUCUUGCACAAGCUUUUUAUGACAAAAUCGCCAAUCAAUUUCCAUCUAGAAGCUUUCUUCACAAUGUAAGAGAGGUUUCAGAAAGAGAUGGUAUUGUUGCUUUACAAGAAAAACUCCUUCGUGAUGUUCGGAUCAAAAGUUUUACACAAAGGUGGGAUGUCCAUGAUGGAAUUAGUGGGAUCAAGCACAGAUUACGCCAUAAAAAGGUCCUUAUCAUUCUUGAUGAUGUUGAUAGUUUAGAACAAUUGCAAGCAUUAGCAGGAAGCGAUGACUGGUUUGGUCAAGGGAGUAGGAUCAUUGUAACAACAAGAAAUGAACAUUUAUUGAAUGCUCAUGGAGUGGAUAGAAGGUAUAAGGUUAAGGAAUUGAGAAAUGAGGAAGCCCUUCAGCUUUUUAGUUGGAAAGCCUUCAAGAGUGAUUAUCCUCAGAGAGAUUACAUGGAAUUGUCCCUGGAUUUUGUUAAUUAUGCCAAGGGCCUUCCUCUAGCACUUGAAGUUUUGGGUCCUUUCUUAUUUGGUAAAAGCAUAAUUGAAUGGAAAAGUGCCUUUAGUAGACUAAAACAAAGCCCUGAAGGAAAAAUUAUGUCUGUACUUAUAAUAGGCUUUGAUGGUUUGCAUGAGAAGGAAAAGCAAAUAUUUUUAGACAUUGCAUGUUUCUUCAGAGGAAAUGACAAAGAAUAUGUGGAAAAGAUAUUAGAAAGUUUUGGUUUUGACCCUGUCAUUGGUCUAAGAGUUCUCAUUGAUAAAUCUCUAAUUACCGUAGUAGGGAAAAUCUUGUGGAUGCAUGAUUUAGUCCAGGAAAUGGGUCAAGAAAUUGUUCGACAGGAAAAUACAAGAGAGCUCGGAAAGCGCAGCAGAUUGUGGCAUUGUGAUGAUGUGCUUGAUGUACUGGAGUAUAAUAAGGGAACCAAAGUAGUUGAAGGGUUAGUCCUAAAGUCACCUCAACAAAGAAAGGUACAAUUGAACUGUGAAACCUUCUUGAUGAUGAAAAAUCUAAGAUUGCUUGGAAUAUAUUGUGAUGUGGUACUUCCUGAAGGCCUCAAGUAUCUUUCUACUGAGUUGCGAGUUGUCCAAUGGGAACGAUAUCCUCUGAAGUUAUUUCCAUCAAAUUUCCCUUCAAGCAAACUUGUUGAACUGACCAUGUGUUGCAGCAAUAUAAAACAAUUAUGGAAGGGAUUCAAGGCAUUAGAGAGGUUGAAGUCUAUUGAACUCACUGAUUCUGAAAGUUUGACAGAAACCCCAGACUUUACCGGAGUCCCAAAUCUUGAAAGGCUGAUUCUUGAAGGUUGCACUAAAUUAUCUAGUGUUCAUCCAUCCAUUAGAAAUCUCAAGAAACUUGUCUUAGUAAACAUGAGGAAUUGUAAAAGUCUUGAGAGCAUUACAUGCAAGGUCAGCAUGGAAUCUCUUGAAACUUUUAUUCUUUCCGGUUGCUCCAAGCUCAAGAGAUUUCCAGAGAUUGUGGGAGAUAUGAAAUGCUUGUCAAAGAUUUGUUUAGAUGGGACAGCUAUACAAGAACUACCUUCGUCCAUUGAGUUCCUGACUGGUCUUAUGUUGUUGAAUUUAAGUGAUUGCAAAAAACUUCUUAGACUUCCGAGUGUCAUUUACCAUUUGACAUCCCUUAAAACCAUCAAUCUAUCAGGCUGCUCCAAUCUUGAUGAAAUUCCAUUGACCUUAGGGGGUGUGGAAAGUCUGGAAGAGCUUGAUGUGAGUGGAACUGCCAUACGACAGAUGCCAUCAUCCAUUGUGUAUCUUAAGAACCUCAAAGUGUUAUCCUGUUCCGGCUGCACAGGCAUGUUGUCUUCGUCAUUGGUCUUCGGCUGGUUUCCAGCUCUAUGCCCUGCAAUGGGCUUGUUGUCACCUUUUUCACUUUUAGGUUUAUGUUUUUUGACCGAACUAGAUCUAAGUUACUGCAAUUUAUUUGAUGGAGCAAUCCCUAAUGAUUUGGACUGCUUAUCCUCGUUGAAGUAUCUAUAUCUAAGGGGAAACAAUUUUACAAGUCUCCCCCAGAGCAUCAGCCGACUUUCUAACCUUUGGGAUCUGUGCUUGAGAGAUUGUAGCAAAUUGCAGUCACUGCCAAAACUUCCAAUAACCGUGGAAUACAUUUGGACGGAUGGUUGUACCUCACUGAGAAGUGAUUCUGAUCAGUAUGAAGUAUGGCCUUCAGGAGAGGAAGGACGACUUGCUAUUAUUAAGCGUUCCGUAUCCCCAGAAUGUUUGGUCAUUAUGCCAGAGUUAGAGUUCAUAGCAGUGCUGCAAAGAUAUCAUGACAUUAAUGAGGUGGAAGGAAAUCCACAGUUGAAAACAACAUACGGUGUUUCAGUUGAAGUCUUCAUAAUUCCAGGGUGGUUUACCAAUAAAAGCUACAGCUCUUUUAUAACCAUCCAGCUGCCUACAGAGUUAUAUAAUAAAAGCAGGCCGUGGAUAGGAUAUGCUCUGUAUGUUUGUUUUCGAAUGCAUGAUGACUUUGAUACUGGAUGUGAUUUAAAAGUUAUGCACGAGUUAGAUUGUUACUUCGAAACCAAAGAAGGUCCUCGUCGAAAAGAAACUUUAUGUCACGAGCUAAAUGUCAAAGACAUUCCAUUCACUGGGCCAAAUGGAUAUUGGCUAUACAUAACACAUGCGUGGUUUUCUCAACGUUUGAAUGGCUUCGAGGAGUGCAGUAGCAUUGAGGUUUUCACUAGAACUGAUAACACAGCUGUGCAAGUGAAAAUGAGUGGUAGUCGUCUAUUGAAGCACGAGCAAGAUGUUUUAGGGUUUAUCCAAGCAAUAAAAAGCAUUUCUGUUGUUGUAAGAAGAAGUAGAGAGUUUAGGAAAGUGUAUUCCGUUCAAGAAACAAAGUUGACCAUGAAGAAACAAGGAGGGGAAUCGACUUCAGGAGAUUCAGAUUGGUCCAGAACUCAUUUGCUCAUGUCGACAGAGGAUCAAGGCUGCACAAUUGACUCUACUGUCUCUCUAGAAGAACGCAUGGAGUCACUGCCUUUAGAUUUCUAUGAGGGUCAACAAUUAGGAGAGAAAACCUACUGCAUAGUAGGCAUCCCCCUAAAUCCGCACACUGCAUCUGCUUUGAAGGAAAUCCUUCAGGAAUAUUCUCAUCGGUACAUAAUGCAUAGCCAAUCUUAUCCACAAUACAAACUUCCAGAGUGGUUCUGCAGUGUCAAUGGUUCCUCAGUAACCAUCCCUCUAAAUUCCAGUUUGGGAUCUAUGAGAGAUUUAAAAGGAAUUGCAAUUUGUGCUGCUUUCACAAUACACGGGGAUCCAUCUCUCCUGCCUUAUUGUUAUGUCGUGGAAUGUCAUGUGCAAGCCAGCACAGGUUUGAGCACGACCAGCCGCAAGCAUGAAAGAACGUCAGAACUUAUUCAGUUGAAGCGGACUAGUUUCAUCUCGAUAACUUAUAUAUCACGUCGGUCAAUUUUAAAUGAGCUGAUGAAUGACUGCACAAUGAAAAUCACAUAUUCUGGUAAAAGCCAGGACUUGGUGGUGCGCAAUUGUGGAUACCAGCUUGUAUUCCAUGAAAAUGUAGGAGAGCUUGUGGAAACCAUAGUGCAAUGUGGAACCUCGUAUCAUCCUAAUUAUUGUGAAGAAAAUAACUCGAUCAUGAUUCUUUAGUUGCAGAUGAGAGAAGAAAUUAGCUAACCAAUGAGAAUGAGCAACAUGGCCUCGUCUGAAUAUCCACGAGUCAUUUCUACAUUGUGCCUUCUGGAGAACCCAGAUUGUAGUGCCUGCAGCUAUGAAGUAAUAAUACAAUGUUAAUUAAACUGGAUUUCAGGGUUAAUCUUUAUAUACUACCAAUAAAUACAACUUGGGAUGGCCCUCUGGCAAGGUGUCGAUUCAAAUACCAGACCCUGCUGAUAUCGUGACAACAUUAUGUUGUUAUCAUUUCAUAAAUGGAACUGGCAUACACAUUUGUUCUUCGACUUCAUUCUACUGCUGAAUAAAUGAAAAAACUGGCAUACAUAUUUGUUCUUAAUUAUGUUUUUUUUUUUUUUGAAAAGGGCCGGUGCGGCUGCCCUCACGCCUUCAUUAAUGAAACUGUUGAAUACAAGGGGGGGACAUUUAGCCUAAACCCCUGAUUACAAUAAGCAUAAAGAGUACGACCCGAAAUGAUAUCAGGAAACUCUACAAAAAACAUGUAUUCAAAUAAGCACCAAUUAGCAAAGAGCGCACUACUGGCUUCUCCAUUUGCUUUAACAUUGCGGUGACAUAACAGAAAGAGAACUCGAUGACUACGUAGCAUAAAUGCCAUAGGCACAACUUUUCUGUUAUGUUGCCGUCGGGAGAGAACUCCUACGACACGCAGUUUCACCCUGCCACUAGGAGGCAGCAACCAUUUGCAAACGCAAGGAACUCGCCGCCUAGCUAGUGCAGAAACAUUACUGCCACUAGAGGACCGCGACCAUUUGCAAACGCAAGGAACUCGCUGCCUACCUAGGACAGACCAGGCACACAAAGGGUGCAGUCCGGGACCAAGCCCACGUCGCCCUGCCACAACUCGGCAGGGACUUAUUACUGGCAUAUAGCCACCAUUACCUGAAAAAGACAAAAAACAAUAAAACUUAAAACAAUAAAGCGAAUUUGGGCCCAGAGCCCAGGUCCAAACCGCACAUAGCCCAACCAAAGAGGAGCACAGACUGCAAGCCGCACGCCGCCGUCCUGCAAGCCAGAUCCACACCGUCCGACUGGCAUGAAAUCGCCUGCGAGGAGCACCGUCUCUCUCAGCCCUCCGAUCACCAUGAGUCCACCCGAUUCGAUCACCAUCCCACCGCAGCCUGAACAAGCACCCAAGACGACCAGGUACCCACCCAUCCCAGCACCGAGACGCCACACAGCUGCGCCGCAAAACAUCGGGCCACCCCGACAUGAGUCUGAACGGCAACAGCAUCCGGAUCCACAGACAGAAUAGAUCCAGAUCUGGAUCGACUAUGCCCAGAACACCAAAUCGCCGCCGCCCACUCCCAGAACUUAGAAGCAAAGAUGACACCAGAACAUCCCGCCGCUCAACAGCGCCGCACCUCCGCUCCUCACCUGCAGAAGUCCACAAGCUGCAUCGAGAACUCACAGACCGACCACAACCUGCCACCUUCCCACGGCCACGUCUUCGCCUGAGCCCCCCUCCGGACUGCGUAAAAACAACACAGACCCGUCCGACGAUGACGUAACAAGGAUGCGCCGCCGGACGGAGCAUCACUCUCUGUCAGGAAAACCAGGCGCGUGAGGCGCGUUCUUUUUUCUCUUUUUUUUUGCUUAAUUAUGUUGUUAUAAUUUCAUAAAUGGAACUGAUAGUCGGCGUUUAUAACCAA